AUGGCGCCUGGAGAGUCACCGCGUCGAAAAACGCGAGAAAGAAGCCAUCCUCACCAUGAAAGGCGAAGAUCGCAGCCCCAAAGCCCAAAGAAACCCGCACACGAGUCAACAACUUCCCAAUCAAGCUCCCAAGCAUUGUCCGCGGACUCGCUGGCCAGGCUCAACCUGUUGAAUCAGCACGAGAGAGCGCGAGCAAGAGCAGAGGAGACCACCCCCAAAAAGCCGCGGCGGAAAAGGCAUCGCGAAGUAGUGGACGAAAAGAUAGUGGUAGAGAGAAGUAGACGGCAGCAUAAACGGAAGAAGCGGCGAGUGGUGAGCGGUGCCCUGCUGGAAGAAGGCGAAGGUCCGAGGCUGAAAGGGUUGAGAGGCGGCCAUAAGAAUAAUGAUGAACAUAGUAGUGGCAAAAAGAAGAAGAAGCAGCGCUUAUGUGGGUUGCCGUUUGAACUACACUUGGGUGUUGAACUAACUUUUGUGAAAGUAAUUAUUGGCGGUGUUCUCCUGGUGCUUAUCAUUAUUAUAGUAGCUGUUGCCGUUGUUGUCAGCAAGAAGAAAGGCUCGAAGUCGGACUCAAGCUCGAAUGCCUCCACCAACGAUUCCGGAAAACCGUCGAAUUCAAAUCUGGAUGGGAUAUCUCAAUCAGACAUCCCCGUUGCGGCAAAAGGAACCGACCUCGAUCCAUUUUCCUGGUAUGACACGACGGAUUUUAAUGUGACAUACACAAAUGAGACAGUGGGCGGGCUUCCCAUCAUGGGACUAAACUCGGAAUGGGAUGAUUCAAAAAGUGCGAACGGCAAUGUGCCGCCAAUUGGGAAGCCGUGGGGCUCCUAUUCGGAGACGCCAGCACGAGGAGUGAACCUUGGAGGCUGGCUCUCAUUAGAGCCGUUCAUAACGCCGUCACUGUUUAACAAGAACGGUGUCAUUGAUGAGUGGACCUUGACGACUUAUUUAGGAAACCAAGCAAAACCAACACUAGAACAGCAUUACGCAACGUUUGUAAGCGAGCAAACAUUCAUAGAUAUCGCAAAUGCCGGGCUAGACCACGUCCGAAUACCCUUCUCGUACUGGGCGGUCAAGACAUAUGAUGGCGACCCAUAUGUCUUCCGAACCUCGUGGCGAUAUCUCUUGAGAGCAAUCGAAUGGGCGCGGAAACAUGGUCUCCGAAUCAACCUUGACGUUCACGGAUUGCCAGGCAGCCAAAACGGAUGGAACCACAGCGGACGUCAAGGGUCAAUUGGAUGGUUGAAUGGAACCGAUGGAGCCUUAAACGGCCAAAGAUCCCUCGAUCUCCACGAUCAACUCUCGAAAUUCUUCGCUCAAGACCGUUACAAGAACAUCAUUUCCUUCUACGGCCUAGCUAAUGAGCCAAAAAUGACUGUCCUCCAGCCGUCAGAUGUCAUAGCCUGGACAUCCAGCGCCUAUACACUCGUCCGCAAGAACGGCAUAAACGCCAACGUCGUCUUUGGUGACGGUUUUGGCGGCCUCUUGAACUGGAAAGGCAAACUAACUGGCCUCAGUGGCCUAGUUCUCGAUGCACAUCAAUACGUCAUCUUCAAUCGAGAUCAGAUUUCAUUCAACCAUUCCGCAAAAAUAGACUACGCCUGUCGUGGCUGGAGCGACCAAGCUUCCCUAAGCUCCAAUACAGCAACAGGGUUCGGCCCAACCCUAUUCGCAGAAUGGUCCCAAGCAGACACGGACUGCGCGCCCAACCUAAACAACGUCGGCCUCGGCUCACGCUGGGAAGGGAAAUUCCUAUCUGGUGAUCCGCAAACACAAGUCCUCUCCCCGGGCUGUCCCGCCAAAUCCGCCUCUUGCAGCUGUAGCAGCGCGAACGCUGACCCCUCUACCUAUUCAUCCGCAUAUAAAGAGUUCCUGCAGAUGUUCGCAGAGGCGCAGAUGCAUAGUUUUGAAAAGGGUUGGGGUUGGUUUUAUUGGACAUGGAAGACCGAGAGCGCGGCGCAAUGGAGCUAUCAAGCGGGAUUGAAGGCCGGUAUCUUACCUGCGAAGGCGUAUGAGCCGAAGUUUAAGUGCGAAGGUAGUGCGCCUAGUUUUGAUGGGUUGCCGGAGACGUAUUGA